GUAACUUCACUUGUCACCUGGUUGUUAUGGUAACGUAUGCAUCAUCUGGUCCGGAGAAAACAGAAUAAAUUCCUCUGUAAAUAUGAACUGGUUUUAAAAUAAGUAUACAUAUUUAGGUCAUUGUAAAUCAAGGUUUUAAUUUUUGAUGGGUGAAUGCUUUUAAUGCUUGAAAAUUACCUUAAUUGUUGUAUAAGUGUUUUUGAAAUUGCAGUGUUUGUUUAAAAUAAAUUUCCUUGUCGAAAUGGAUGAGCAAUUUCAAACUGCAGAAUCUUUAGGUGCUCAAAAAUAUCCCCGGAACUCUUCAAGAAUUUUACAAUAUGGUACUGCUGGUUUCCGGGAGAAAUCUUCUGAAUUACCUCAUGUUAUGUUUCGCAUGGGAUUAUUGGCAGUUUUGAGAUCAAAAGUAAAAAAUGGCUCUACAGUUGGGUUGAUGAUUACAGCCUCUCAUAAUCCAGAAGAAGACAAUGGAGUAAAAUUAUGUGACCCAGAUAGUAAAAUGCUUGAGAAAGAUUGGGAAACAUUAGCAACUAAACUUAUCAAUACUAACAAUGAAUCUUUAAAGGAAGUUCUAAAAUCUAUUUUAGAUUCGAACAAAAUAAACUUUGAUUUACCUGCUAAUGUAUAUCUUGCAAAAGAUACCAGGAGCAGCAGUGAGUUUCUAUUGCAGGCAGCCAUUGAUGGUGUUACUAGUUUAAAUGGAGAAUUUAAAAAUUUUGGAUUAUUGACCACUCCUCAGUUACAUUUUGUAGUUUAUUGUAAAAAUUUUGGUACUUAUGGAACUCCAACAGCUGAAGGCUACUAUGAAAAAUUAUCAAAUGCUUUUGAAACCUUGAGAUCAAAUUCAAUUGAAAGCAAGACAAAGUAUACAGCUAACAUGUAUGUGGAUGGUGCAAAUGGUAUUGGAGCUUUGAAGUUUAAGGAGUUACAAAAUUAUAUCAAAUCCCUCAAUGUGGAAAUAUUUAAUGAUGGAACCACUGGAAAGUUAAAUUUUAAUUGUGGAGCAGACUUCGUUAAAGUUGAACAAAAAGCACCUGAAGGGAGUGAAAUAUUAGUUAAUGAAAGAUAUGCUUCCUUUGAUGGAGAUGCUGAUCGAUUGGUUUACUUUUACAAAGAUGGUUCUAGUUCAUUUCAUCUCUUAGAUGGUGAUAAAAUUGCUACUUUGGUUGCAAAGUUUUUGAAAGAUUUAGUUGAUUUAGUCUCCUUAAAACUUGAAAUAAGAGUUGUACAAACUGCUUAUGCAAAUGGUAGUUCAACACAAUAUAUUGAAAACAAAUUGAAAAUACCUGUUGUUUGUGUACCUACUGGAGUAAAACAUUUGCACCAUGAAGCUAUGAAAUAUGAUAUUGGUAUUUAUUUCGAAGCUAAUGGACAUGGUACAGUUGUUUUUAGUAAAGAAGCUAAGCAAAAUAUUAAAGCUCUUGUAUCAAGUGAAAAUGUUAGUCAAGAACAAAAAAUGGCAGCAAAGAAGUUUCUCUCAGUUAUUGAUCUCAUAAAUGAGACUGUUGGUGAUGCCAUUUCAGAUUUACUUUUAGUUGAAGUAAUACUUCAUGAUUUUGAUUGGAGUGUUGAAGACUGGGAUAAAAUGUAUACUGACCUACCUAAUCGACAAUUAAAAGUUAAGGUUCCUGAUCGAAAUGCCAUUGAAACUACUGAUGCCGAACGAAGGUGUGUGAAACCUGAAGGGUUACAAAAAGCUAUUGAAUCUGUUGUUUCAUCUUACAACAAUGCCAGGUCUUUUAUUCGUCCUUCUGGUACAGAAGAUGUUGUAAGAGUAUACGCUGAAGCAGAAACUCAGGAGCAAGCUGAUAAAUUAGCCCACUCAGUCAAAGAACUAGUUGAGAAAUUUACUUAACCAUCUUAAGUUACAUUGUUGUGAAAGAAAAUAUCUGUUGAUGCAAUUCAUAGUUUAAUUUUUGUAUUGGAAUUUUUAAUGCUUUUUUAUGCAUUUAUUAAGUGGUUUGUUGCAGGAUGCUGUAUUUUUUAUUAUUGUGAAUGUAUUUGUAUAUGGAGUUUAAUAAACUUUGUUUUCAUA